GCCUGACCCUGAUGACAGUGUGGAGGUACGUGUGCGCUUGUGUUGGUUUUGUGUUUGUAUGCGUGUUUGUUUGCGUUACGGGCUGAAUUGUUUUUUCUUUCCAGGAGUAUGACUCGGAUGCCACCGUGGAGAACCUGAUACCCGGUGUAAGUACAAUUGGCUUCCUUGUUUUGUCCGUCUCGUGUUUUUUGCUAUUUUCCUACGGUUUGUUUUUUUUUUGCAAGUCUCCUGACCCGUGGGCUUUUGGACCGAGGCCAAGGCAGAGGCCUCUCAAUGACACAGCGGUUGAGGACCUUCUGCUGGGACCCUGGGAAGUGUUGGAGGCUGCCAUCACGGGUAUGCCUCUACCACCGUCUCCAUCACCGCCCCGGGCCGCAGCCCGCAGGCUCCCUCUCCAGACGAUGCCGCUUCCUCGGCCGCGGCGACUUCCGAGGAUAAGUAUCGCCCCGGCCCAGGCCCCCUCGACGUCCCGGUCCUCUGGUGGGUCCAACGUAGCGACCGUCGCCCCGGCCCCCUCGACGUCCCGGUCCUCUGCUGGGCCCAAUGUCGACUCGACCCAACCCUCUACCUCAACGGGUCGAACCGGCGCUUGUAGAAGGCCUCCUACAGCUGCAUCAGGAGUAGAUGUGGCACGGCAGAGGUUACGGGAACUGGUGCUGGACCAUUUCCUUCAAGUAUUUGUUUUCGCCGGCGCACGCUCCCGUGGCGUGCACUGUGGGGGCGUUGGUUGCGAUGUCCACCCUGAGGGCCGAGCUCAGGGAUAUGCUCUGGCUCGUCGACCAUCUUCUCGACGAGACGCCCCGUGA